AUGGGGAAGACAUCCAAACAAACUAAAAAGUUUCAGAACAAACACUUGAAACAUACGAUAGAGCAUCGUAAGAAGGCUCAAGACUUCAAGAAAAAGGCGGCUAUGAGAAAGAAGGGGGGAGGAGAUAAACCACAAGUCGAACAGCCUAAAGAUGGUUCAACUUUCGAGGAUAUGUCGGUUGAUGACUUUUUCGCCGGUGGCUUCGAAUUGCCAAAAGGAAUGGAAAAGAGUAAAAAGAAAAUGGAGGAAUCAGAUGAUGCAUCCCUGUCAGACGAGUCUUCAGAGGAUGAGGAGGAUAUGAAAAAGAAUCUCGAAAACUUGGAGAAACAGGAUCCCGAAUUUUACAAAUAUUUGAAAGAAAAUGAUAAUCAAUUGUUGGAUUUUGAAGGAGUCAACCCAUUGGAAGCAAUGAGCGAUGAUGACGAUGAAGGGCAAGACGAAGAGGAGGAGGCGGAAAUUGAAGACAUAGGAGAUGCAGCACCUUCAACAAGCAAAGCGCCGAAUAAGGUGGAAAUUACCACUCAGCUUGUCGACAAAUGGAGUAAGCAAUUGGAAAAGCCUACUCCAAAAGUUAUCAGAAACAUCAUCAUUGCGUUCAAAGCCGCCGUGAAUAUCAAUAGUGGAGAAGAUUACAAGUACUCCGUAGUCGAUCCUAAAGCUUUUACUGAAUUAAUGUUAAUGGUUUUGAAGAAAGUGCCAAUGGCUGUACAGGAUAUUGUAAAGUACAAGACCAAACAAGGAGUUAGGACUAUUCCGCAGAACGCUCAGGCUAGUCAAAUUGGCUCUAUUUUGAAAACACAUGCAAGCUCAUACAUCACUUUACUCAAGGAUAUCACCAAUACAGAAACAGCAGCUAUAAUUUUAGCUUCCCUUUAUGAGGUGUUUCCAUACUACUUGUCACAUCGUCGUUUGUUGAAGCAAAUCAUCACCGCUGUGGCAAACGUUUGGGCUAGCUCCAAUGAAACUGAUACCCAAAUUGCUUUGUUUGCUUUCAUUAACAACGUGGUGAGAGAGUAUCCAAAAUCAAUCUUGGAAACGGUUCUUAAGGUCUCAUACUCAUCCUUUUUACAACAUUGUAGAAAAACCAACCCACAUACGAUUUCAAGAAUUAACUUUUGCAAAAACUCGUUGGCUGAAUUGUUCAGUGUUGAUGAGACCAUUGGUUAUCAAGUCGGAUUCGAGUAUGUUAGACAACUCGCAAUUCACUUGAGAAAUAGCGUAAACGGAAAAGGAGGGUUUGUGACAAUAUAUAACUGGCAAUACUGUCACUCUCUUGAUUUCUGGUCAAGGGUAUUGACAUUAUGCAAAGAAACUUCGUCCUUAAGGCAAUUGAUUUACCCAUUGGUGCAAGUUUCCUUGGGAGCAAUUAGAUUAAACCCAACUGCCCAGUUUUUCCCAUUAAGAUUUUACUUGAUGAGAUCGCUUUUGAGAUUAUCUAAAACUGGGGUGUACAUACCGUUGUUUCCAUUAUUGUAUGAAAUUUUGUCAUCAACUGCUAUUACAAAAUCACCAAAGUCUUCCACUUUGCAAAUUGUCGAUUUCGAACACAAUAUCAAGGUGAACCAGGCCUAUUUGGGAACUAAAAUCUACCAAGAUGGAUUGUGUGAGCAAUUCAUUGAGUUGGCCUCAGAAUUUUUUGGCUUGUAUGCUAAAAGUAUUGCAUUCCCUGAAUUGACAACACCAGCAGUUCUUGGAUUGAAGAGAUUUACAAAAAAGUCGAAAAACAUCAAAUUCAAUAAACAAUUGAAUCAAUUAAUUGAGAAGCUCAAUGCAAAUGCUCAAUUAAUUUCACGCAAGAGGUCCAAUGUUGAGUUUGGUCCAAGUGACAAGCGUGAAGUCAAAGAGUUUCUUAGUGACUUAAAUUGGGACAAGACUCCCCUUGGACAGUAUAUUGUCGUCCAGAGACAGCAAAAGGAAGAAAGACUUAGGUUGUUCAAGGAAGCGCAAGAGGAAGAAGAAAGGGCUAAGGAACAGAAGAAGAGGGAAGAAGAGGAAGAGGAAGAAGAGGAAGAGGAAGAAGAGGAAGAGGAAGAAGAGUGUAUUGACGAUGAAGAGGGGGAGGUAGAAGAUGAGGAUAUGCUGGAUUAG